CAUAGUGCAGCACGAAGCUUGAAGUCAGCUCAACUCGCCGGGUUGCUGUGUCAGACGGAACUCGGCCCUCAAGGACGCCACCAGGCUACAGACAUAGACAGAGAGUCAAGUCCAGGUUCACAAGAGGGUGGUAACCAGUCCAGUCCACCCCAUCAAGUCUUGUUCAGUCACCUUCCUCUCCAUUCUCAACUACAGGUGCGUUCACCGUUCCCACUGAUUCCCAUCGGAGGUAUCCAGAUGGUCCACACCAUGCCAACGUCUGUCAGCACUCCUCAGGGCCAGCAGGGGCAGCAGCAGGCCACAUCCUGCUUCCCGCUCCAUGAGGAAAGAACGUCAGAAGAGCUCCAAAGCAGCAAGGCCUCUUGCCCUCCUUUCACCUCCUCUGCUGAGGGAGGAGGACCAGGAGGUGUGAAGUCAUCUGGGGCACCUUCUCCCGCCUUGCAGGGGUUAUGGGUUAUGGGUAGAGAGCAGGAAGCAAGCGUCCACACGUGCACUAAAGCCAUCGCCUCGCUUCGCAUCGACCCUGAGGAGCACACUGAGAGGCUGAGAGGCAGCGAGGAGGACCGCCCCUCAUCGUCCUCGUCCGCCACCUCGGGACAACAUCAGUACUUGCCACCCACCUCAGCGUCCCCGCUCUCUCCUCUGGUUCAGCACUUUAGCUGCCUCGGGCCUCCGCACGCCUCAGGUACCGCCUCCCCGCUUUGCCCCUCCCCUGGUCCAGCGUCAGAAAGCACAGCGAGAAGCAAAGACGUGUCGUAGACAUGCAACACAAAGCAAACACAACUUUUGCACAAGUUAACACACAGUGUUUUAUUUAAAGACUUUGAAGAGAUUGUGUGUGUGCAGUCAAAAAGGGUACUUUAAAAACAACAUUAAUAAUAAGUAUGUAAAUGUGUGCCUUUUGCUUUGUGCUUAUAUUCUUAUAAGCCAUCAACUAGCCCUGCUCCUUCCCUCUUUUUCUCAACAAGCGAUGUGAAGUGAAGAAUAUAAAUAUUACGUACGGUUGCACUAAAUCAUAUUUUUUUAUGAGGGACAUUGAAAAACUAAUUAUACAACAAACAAAUAAUACUAUUUAUUAUUGUUACCAUGUUUCAUAAACUGUACAUUUCUUAAAUGUCGUGGAUGCCUUUUUCUAUUUAGAAGCAUGUUUUUUGCUAUUAGGUCGAUGAUAUGUACACACAAUAUUGCUUCAUAUUUCGUCAAUGUACACGUAAUAUAUCAACAUGAUCCAUACAUUACAGUACUUUCACUUUUCUUCUUGCUUUUCAAGAUGAUUUUAUUCAGCAUUAAAUGGUCAGCAUGCCUUCAAUCAUUGUAGUUAACCCCGCCCCUCCCUGUUAUACACACCCUAUAAGCACCGUCCCACCCAGCACCUUCCGCCAUUGAGGGGUCACUAACCUUACUCAUUACUCUUCAUCAAAACAUUCCACAUCAUCACCCAGCGACAUAGCAUGGCUGUCGCCGAGAUACACAUCCAUCCACACUCCUCUUUAAAAAAAUACUUUGACUCUUGAAACUUCUAGCAUUUGUCAAAUUACUUUCUUCUUACGUGAACAAUUACAUGUUCAUAUUUUCACAUUUCUCACUUAGAUAUUACGUGAACAACUACACGUUCAUAUUUUCACAUUUCUCUCUGGAAUACAAGAAAAAAAAUGACAUGUGGACCUAUGGUGUACAUACAUAAAUAAAUGGGAAUACACGAUACAUACAUUAUUUAUACAUAAAUACAUACAAUUAAUACAUAUAUUAAUACAUCCAUAAUAUGACUGGCUUGUUUUGUAGUAGCCAGUCUUUGAAUGUUGCUAAUAUUCAGUUGUAUGAAUAUUUGAAAUGUCACAUGAUGAUUGAAGAGUGGACAUUGUUGUCCUCGCCUGCUGAGCAUUCCCCUUGUAGCUAAACAAUAUUUAGUCGCCAGCAGGGGGCGUACUUGUCUCAACACAAUCAAGAGCAGGAAGAGGAAGGAGUCAUGUGACGUAUUGUGGGCGGAGCCGGGCAGGCUGCAAUGUGACUUAUUUGUACUAGUGUGUAUUACGUGUGUGUUCCGCUUGUAUAUCAACUUUCUUGUUUUUCUUAUGAGUCUAGCGCCUUCUGGUGUGUGACGUCAAAGCACAAGUCAACGUAGUAAAUAUUAGCAUUAGCAUUGUACAGCUAUGACCAGGAGCAAAGUGUGGUGAUGUGGAGGUAAACAAUAACACACAACUACCAUGUAUGAUGACCCGAAGAGGAAUGACAGUGCAAACGUGGAUUGUUGUUUUCAAAUAAAUAUAAACAAUGAAAAUCUGUUUGUGCCACCGGACUUUGACGUUUAACCCAUCAUCAUGCUGUGUAUUUUAUUUGUCUUGCCACAAGCGGGUCUUUGUGUCUGCAUACGAUGAUCAAGUGAAUUAUGUUCUGAUGAACACUUUCAUCACCACAUAAACCAGUGUGUGUAUAAGUGUGUGCUCCAUUGAACUCUCGCUGACCUUAAAAGUCGUCAUCGCAAAGACUUUUAUUGUGAAAACCUAGUCUUCUUUGGAACCCAAAGAGCUAUGAGCCAAAGUGUGACAGCGCCUUUCUGUCUGUCAACAAAGGUACUGCCAGCCAGCUGGAGGCCAUGCUGUCAUUUGCGAGAAAUGUGGAUUUUUUUUUUUCUUCUCACUCCUGGAAGAGCUCCGACGAAAAUAAAAGCCACUGAGUCUCGGAGAAGAUGAGGUACAAAAAAAAAGGACCCAGAGCUUCGAAUGAAAAAACACGAGGUGUAAUGAAACUAAACGACUUCACCAGCUGGAGAACUGAUGACUGGCUAGAUGUAUUUCUCCACUUUGGGGAUGAAAUUACAUGGAAAAUAGCAAGUGCGUUAACAGAAAGCAGGUUAAGUGAAAACUCUGACAUGAAAUUCAGGGUUUUCCAUUCCAAUAAAGAGAAAUAGAGUAAUUCAAACCCAAAG